AUGGCGAAGUCGGCGAUGAAGUCCGCCAGGAUGACCGUCGUGAAGCCCGCCCCGAAGGCCGCCAUGAAGACCGUCGCCAAGCCGGAGAAACGCCCGCCCCCGAUGCGCCCAGCGCCCAAAGGGGAAGCCCAAUUCAAGAAGCACGUGCAGAUCUCCGCCUGCGCUUCGUCCGGCAAGAUGCUGGGGGCUGGAGCCAAGGCGAAGCUCGGUAAGGCUAGGGCGAAGGAGUUGCCAGGCCCCCAGUGCAAUGGGGAGAACGCUGGGAAAGGGGAGACGGCGCCUCUCGCCUGCAAGGCCAAGGGGGAAAGCAUUGACUUCAGAGGGCUCUGCGGCAUUGACGUGGUGAACAGGGUUCGGAUUGGCGUGGAGCUCGGGUACAUGCCGCGGAUGGAGGGCAAGAAGUGCCCGCGCGAAUGCGGCACUAAGUUGUCCCUCCAGGCGAGCGCAGGGGGGCGGUCUCCUGGGAUCACCAUGGGCGUGGGCAACGUGGAGGUGAACGUCCCGACUUUGUGCAGGCAUCGCUGCGGCGAUCGGACGUGCGCUGUCAUGAAGGUGGGCGUCGCGGUCCAGAGCGAGGAGGGCGCGCCGAUCUCUCGGGGGGGUAACGGGGGAGCACCCGCGGGAGAAGGGCUACUCGCUGUCCAUUCGGCUUGCGCGCCGUGGGCUGCGCGCCACCCGAGCCGCGGAGAUUGCACCGUGGUGCAAGGUAUCUCGAAGGCUUCCAUGGCGUUGCACUUGGGCGAGGUCCGCCGCCGCAUGGCUCAGCUCAGCCUUGAGGAGCAGGCUCGCAUCGAGUUCAAGGACGGCAUGCCCGUGGAGCUCGGCGAGUGCGGCACCAAGGCCGAGAGGGCCAGCUGCGAGAAGCCAUGCGGUAAGUGCAAGCCUGAAUGCCCUGGCUACCGCUUGCGCUGGAACCGUUGGCUCAUCAUGGCGAGCAUGGCGGGCGGCGGCGGCGUGCCCCUGGGCGGGGCCCAGUGCGACGAGGCCGUCAAGAAGCACCUCGGCCGCGGUGCGAUCGCCCUGAUAGACGGCGCCGACUGCUACGACGCCUUCGCUGCUGGCGACUUGAUAUGUUCGCCCUGCUGCGACCGCAGGGAUUGCCUCGAGCGCGCGAAGGCUGCGGGGCCCGCCAAGCAAUGCCUGGGGUCGCGGCAAAGGCACGGGCGGGGCCGCUUCCGCGCCCAAUACCGCAGGCCGGCCUUGUCGCACGGCGUGGUGAGCCACAAGAAGGAGGAGUGGGCGGUCGUGAAGGCCGCGCGCGUGCAGGACAAGGACGGCAACGUCCGCGUGGUCAAGCUCAAGCACGGCACGGAGGCGGCGGACGGCAGCUGGGACGAGGUCAAGACGGCGCUCCCGUCCUCGAUCAAGAGCGCCGACCACGACCGCAUCGCCGAGUACGUCCACGCGUGGGCGUGGCGCGCCAGGCGACACGGGGCCGACCUCUUCGCUGCUUUGUGCUCGAAGUAG